CGUCGUUGUCGGUGGCGAAGGAGGAUUGCAUCGCACGUUUAAUUACCUCUGGGAAUAAUCCCCAGUCUGAGGAAGAAGCUGAAUUAGCAUCGAAUCCUUUGAUAAGGCACAUAGCUCCACAUCUGCAGGCUCUAACGGCCAGUGAGUUAGUUCAUCUUUUGAAAGCAGACGUUCUCCAAACAAACACAGAGAUCGAACAGGAAGAAAAUAUUGUAGAGGAUUUACAAAAGAUCCAGUCAUCAACAAAUCAUAAAAAUAUAUCAGAACAAUAAUUAACUUCUAUAAAUUUGCAAUAUAAAGUUAAUUUAAGUUAAUAAUCAUGUCGAUCGAAGCAUUGUCUGGCAAAGUUUUUCUAUUGAUAACUGGUGCGAGCCGUGGUAUUGGUCGACAAAUUGCGAUAACAUUUGGUUCGCUCUUAGAGGAAGGCUCUCGUAUGCUUUUAUUAGCGAGAAAUAAAGAUGCGUUGCAAGAAGUUGCUAAAAAUAUUCCUUCCAAAAUAAAAGUUUGUACUAUUAGUGCAGAUUUGAGUAAUUCAACUAAAACUGACUUUGAAAGAAUUAUAUCAGAAUGUUUGAGUGGAACUCCUUGCAAUUCAUUCGAUCGAUUGGUUGUAGUACAUAAUGUAGGUAGCAUGGGCGAUAUCACUCAUAGUACAAACGAGAUGUUGGACAUCGACACUUGGAGGCAACAUUACGAUCUGAAUUUUUUUGUGCCUGCCGUGUUAAACGCCGUGAUCAUGAACAUAUUUGAUGAUAAAACUAUCAAAAAAACCAUUAUUAAUAUUACUUCUAUAUUUGCCAUUCAAGCAGCCAAAGGCUAUGGUCACUAUUGCUCAGUGAAAGCAACACGGGAAAUGUUUUUUAAGGUCUUUGCUCUAGAAAAUCCCGAUGUUGAUGUGUUAAGUUACUCACCAGGACCUGUCGAUACGGAUAUGUUUAAAAUGGCAUGCGAAAGUAAUGUUGAUCCCGAUACUAAGAAAUUCCUUGACAAUAUAGUAGAAACCAAUACUGUACUGACUCCGGAGCAGACUGUUAAUCGCCUUGUGCAAGUUUUAAAAGAACACAAAUACAAAUCGGCUGAUCAUGUGGAUUAUUAUGAUGAAAUGUGAAGCAUAACGAGAUACGAAGACAAGAAAUAAAGAAAAUGAACAUAAAGAAAACAAAACAUGAAG